AUGAACAAGAUGAAAAUGGUAUAUUUGACAUUGGUAUUUCACCUGCGAAUUGCCUUUGCUUUCUCUUCUGGAGCAGAGACAAAUGUGGGUCGACUUCCGUCGUACUCUAAUUAUCAAUCGCCUCGGUUUCGAUGGUGGUGGCCUAGCGGCUUCAUUGAACCGGAUGAAAUCUCGUCGGAAAUCUCGGACAUUCUGGGUGCUGGGUUUGGUGGCGGUGAGAUUAGUGAUGUUUAUGAUAGGGAUUAUGCUUGGAUGGAUAACAAGAUCUAUGGAUUUGGGCAGUCCUGUUGGAUUGCAGCGGUUGAACGAGCAUAUACGGAUGGUAACAGGCUUGGUGGACAUGUUGAUAUGACUUUGAGUCCAUCCUGGCUGACUGGUUUCCCCGGGUAUACGCCUGAUUCACUUGAGAUAAUGAAGGAACUAGUUCAUGGUCAGGUGUUUCUGGAGGCCGGUCAAACUUACUCGGGAACUCUGCCAUUGCCACUUGCAGCACCAUCCGGCAACCAGACAGGGAAUAUUGUUCAUGCAACUCCGUAUCUCAUCGCAGUUCUUGCGGCUCGUACCACGACGUCUAAUGACAGCAGUAGUGUGGUGGAUAUUUUUCCUGAUACAGUGCAGGUAUUGUCAGCCUCAAACCACACUUUAAACUGGACUGCACCAUCUGAUGGCCGAUAUGUUGUGGUCGCAGCCUACAAUCAGGGAACUGGUCAAGUGCAGAAUAUGUAUGAUGCAAAUCCCGAAAAUGCACCAGUCACCUAUCCACAUCCAAUUGUGGACCACUUCAGCCCUCAUGGUGUUGAGGCAGGAAUCAAGUUCUGGGAUUCGCACAUUCUGACCGAUGGGAUAAAGGAGCAGAUCAAGAGGAGUAAUGGAUCUAUGUUCGAAGACUCCUUGGAACUGAAGCUCAAGCAAUACUGGACAACCGAUCUUAUCAAUGAAUUCCGAAAAAGACGGGGAUAUGAUCUCACGCCUUUCCUGCUAUACGUACUCCAGGAUACAAACACGUUUAGAGGCAAAGGUACAGUGGCUUCACAAAUUCUCAACGACUUCUAUCAAACUGUCAGCAACCUAUACACGGAUUAUCGAAUCGGUGGUCUCACAGAGUGGGUUAACGCCCUUGGUGUGCGGAUGCGUGUUCAGCCAUACACCGCUGAGUCUGACAGCUCAUACGCAGCGAGCAUUUUGGACAUACCCGAGGGCGAAUCGCUAGGUUUCGAUGGUGAUGACGAUGCCUUUCGUGUACUAGCCACCGGUCGCGAUAUUGGAGGCCGUACCACUAUUCUGUCUGAUGAACUCGGAGCCUAUAUGGAUGAAGCUUAUGGUGUGACCUGGCGCUUUCUGCUUCGAACUGCGAAUCACGAUAUCGCUUUGGGUGUCAGUCAGGUGGUUAUACACGGUCAUCCGUACGCAUACUCACAAACCAGUGAAUGGCCAGGUUUUGCUCCUUUCACUCCAUUGUUUAGCUCAAAUGAAUUCGCCGACGCUUGGGGGCCACGCCAACCCCACUGGAUGUUUGCAAAACAAUGCAGUCUUUACCUGAAGAAUGCCCAAGGACUGCUACAAGAAUCUGGACCGGCUAUCGAUGUUGUAAUUCUCAAUACCGACUGGGGUGUCACAGCCUCAUGGGCCGACGCCGGUCUAAAUGAUGGCGGUUACUCAUACCAGUUCCCAACCCCCCUCGCUUUUGGCUCGACACAACGUCAGUGUCGCUGA